AUGACGCCAGCCUCAUGGCAUCGGAGGAAUUUCAUGGCACAGUCCAUUAACAGGGCUUUGACCUCCGCGAUGGGGGACAUGUCAUCCUCUAUCACUCAAUCUAUAACCAGAGCACUGAUGCAGACUCAGAGUAGUGGCUCUCAGAGCACGCAAAACCCGAGAACCACUAAUGUGGCACAACCGAGACGCAAAGCUUUGGCAAAAAGCAAACAUAUGGCCUCCCCUCCAGAACUGCACGGAAUGACACGCCUCAGGCUGUCAAGGAUGGCGCGAUACCACCACGCAAUAGAGCCUCUGGCCGGGCAAAAUCGGCCAGAGCUUGGAAGCGGGCACAUGCCCAUGAGGACUCGUCCAAUUCGGACCGGAGUUUGGAGGAGGAAUAUGAUGAUUCCUAUAUGGACCAUUACAGUGCGGAAUAUUCCGAUUCUGGGUCCGAAAUGAAAGCAAACAUUGCGACCCAGAAGAUUACUGCUCAGGGCGCUGAGCCUGCUGAAUCUGGCGAGGGCGACGAUUUGCAGGACCCUCUGGGUAACCCGUUAUUUGACCCAGAUAACCUCCGUCACCCUCGCUCAGCGGAAUGGGAGCGAAGUACCUCGCGUUAA